UAUCCAAUGCUUUAGUGAUGAUGCUGCUGAUCUAUUUGGGAAGUUGGCUGGCUCUCAAGGCAGAGUCUCUUCUCAAAGGCUGUUUCACAGUGAAAAUAUGCUCAGUGCAGCCGAGUGCAUGAAUGAAAAAGCCUCUGGUACCUUCUAGUCUGGCAAAAUGCAGCACAAAACUCAACUUACUCUGUCUUUUCUGCUGUCCCAGGUUCUGCUGCUUGCAUGGACAGAAGAUUUAGAAUGUGUCCCUGGAUUCCAGCAGAAGGUUUUUUAUAUUGAGGAGCCAUUUAAAUUCACACAGGACCAGCUGGUUCUGAACCUGAGAUUUGAUGACUGCAAGGGGAAUCACAAACUGAACUUCGAGGUUUCUAACCCAGACUUUACGGUGGAAGGUGAUGGGUCUUUGGUUGCACUAAGGAAUGUCUCAGAAGUUGGCAGAGCCUUGUUCGUCCGCGCUCGGUCCGAGCACGCCGAGGAUACGGCGGAAAUCUUCGUCGUUGGAGCAAAUGAGAAGCACCGCGCAUUAAAGGAAAUCUUAAAACUAGAAGGCAACGCUGGAAUUCCAAGACAAAAAAGGGCAAUUUUGGCAACUCCAAUAUUAAUUCCUGAAAAUCAAAGACCACCGUUCCCCAGACAAGUUGGCAAGGUCAUCAGGAGUGAAGGGACUGAGGGAGCAAAGUUUCGACUCUCUGGGAAGGGAGUGGAUCAAGACCCGAGAGGGAUUUUUAGGAUCAAUGAGGUCACUGGGGAUGUGUCUGUGACCCGAACCCUUGACAGAGAAGCCAUUGCCAAUUACGAGCUUGAAGUCGAGGUCACAGAUCUGAGCGGGAAAACCAUUGACGGUCCCGUCCGCCUGGAUAUUGCUGUGAUCGAUCAGAACGACAACAGGCCGAUGUUCAAGGAAGGGCCUUACGUGGGGCACGUCAUGGAGGGAUCUCCUACAGGAACCACAGUGAUGCGAAUGACAGCGUUUGAUGCUGAUGACGCCAGCACAGACAACGCCCUGCUGAGGUACAACAUCCUCAAACAGACCCCCACCAAACCCUCCCCAAACAUGUUCUACAUCGACCCGGAGAAGGGGGAUAUUGUCACGGUGGUGUCGCCUGUGCUGCUGGACCGGGAGACUAUGGAAAGCCCAAAAUACGAGCUGGUUAUAGAAGCCAAGGACAUGGGGGGCCUUGAUGUGGGACUAACUGGCACAGCCACUGCCACUAUUCUUAUUGACGACAAAAAUGACCAUCCACCAGAAUUUACCAAGAAGGAGUUUCAAGCCACAGUGAAGGAGGGAGUCACAGGUGUAAUAGUGAACUUGACUGUUGGGGACAGAGAUGACCCAGUGACUGGAGCAUGGAGAGCUGUCUACACCAUCAUCAAUGGAAAUCCAGGACAGAGCUUUGAGAUCCACACCAAUCCCCAGACUAAUGAGGGAAUGCUCUCUGUUGUCAAACCUUUGGACUACGAGAUCUCGGCAUUUCACACGCUGCUGAUCAAGGUGGAGAAUGAAGACCCUCUGAUUCCAGACAUAGCCUAUGGCCCCAGUUCCACAGCAACAGUCCAGAUCACUGUGGAGGAUGUGAAUGAAGGGCCAGUUUUCCACCCAAACCCAAUGACGGUGACAAAGCAAGAAAACAUCCCCAUUGGCAGCGUGGUGCUGACUGUGAAUGCCACUGACCCCGACACCUUGCAGCACCAGACCAUCAGGUAUUCAGUUCACAAGGACCCAGCAGGGUGGCUGGAGAUCAACCCCACCAACGGCACCAUCGGCACCACGGCUGUCCUGGAUCGAGAGUCUCCCUACGUGCAGGACAACGUGUACACUGCCCUCUUCCUGGCCAUAGACAGUGGUAACCCUCCUGCUACGGGGACAGGAACCUUACACAUCACCUUGGAGGAUGUCAAUGACAACGUCCCAUCCCUUUACCCAACGCUGGCAAAAGUUUGUGACGAUGCAAAAGAUCUCAGGGUAGUGGUACUUGGAGCAUCAGACAAAGACCUUCAUCCCAACACAGACCCUUUUAAAUUUGAACUGAGCAAGCAAUCUGGCCCAGAAAAAUUGUGGAGGAUCAACAGGCUCAACAAUACUCAUGCCCAGGUCAUCCUGCUUCAAAACCUGAAAAAGGCCAAUUACAACAUCCCAAUCUCAGUGACAGAUUCUGGGAAACCCCCUCUGACUAACAACACAGAACUGAAAUUACAAGUGUGUACCUGCAAGAAAUCCAAAAUGGACUGCAGUGCAAGCGAUGCCCUUCACAUCAGCCUGACCCUCAUCCUCCUUUCACUCCUCAGUUUACUUUGUCUGUAAGAAUUCCUGCCACUCCAAGCUGUCCUACCGAGUUGCCAUGGCAACGAGAAGAAGGAAACCGUCAGAUCUGAAGAUUGCAGUUUACAGUUACUGUUCUUCACUACUCGGCCUCAGUUGCUCCAGUUUAAUUUGCAACCUCACUUAAUCUGUCCGACUGUACCUUGGUGUUCGAGGGCUCAUGCCCCACUUCCCUUUAUCCAUGGAUUCCUCUUGCCAGACACCAGGUUUACGCCAAUUUUCUCUGAAUGUUAAAAGACCAUGACAUCUAAACCCGACCUUGGGGGAGCAGAAAA